GUCUCAGCACCCGCUCUUAUAACCAUUUUAUUUUGAAACAUUCAACCGGGGCUCCCGGUUUGUAUUCACAUUAACUUAACAGUGCUGCGAGCGAGCAGGCGGAGAGGAACGGCAUCUAAAAACCGACUUGGAAAAACUACUUAGCGAGCUCCUAGUCUUGGCCUUGAGGGGGCACCAGCAUGAGUCAGGAGUCAUUGGAGUCUGAUGGUGACUCUGCUCAGGAUGUGUCUGACUUUAACUGGGAUGACUACCUGGAGGAGACUGGAGCCGUGUCUGUGCCGCAUCACGCCUUCAAACAUGUGGACCAGGGUCUGCAGACUGGGCUGACUCCAGGCAUGAAGCUGGAGGUGUGUGUGCGCUCAGAGGCUGACAGUCCUUACUGGGUGGCCAACAUCAUCACCACAUGUGGCCAGUUGCUGCUGCUACGCUACGAGGGAUACCAGGAUGACCGGCGUGCCGACUUCUGGUGUGACAUCAUGACGGCAGACCUCCACCCGUUGGGCUGGAGCCGCCAGCAUGGGAAGACCAUGAGGGCCCCUGAGGGUGUGCGAGAGAAGCACCAGGACUGUGAUGCUCUGCUGGAAAAGGCCCUGGCGGAGGAGUGCAGUGCUCCUGCCAACCUGCUGGAAUUGCCCCAGCGUGGUAGAGACCCAGUGGAGCUCCUGUGUGCGGGCUGCUACGUGGAGCUCCAGGACAGUGUUGACCUGGGGCUGGCAUGGGCUGCUGAGGUGGAGGAGAACGUCGGAGGAAGGCUGAAGCUGCGCCUGGUAGGCACAGAGGGCCUCCCAGACACACCCACAACCCUCUGGCUCUAUUACCUACACCCACGCCUCCACCCACCCGGCUGGGCCAAAGAGCACGGCUGCACCCUUAGGCCUCCGUCAGACCUGUUGGCCCGGCGGACAGAGGAAGAGUGGGAGGAGGUGAAACAGAGAAUCAGUGACCUGCCUCAGGAUGAAGCUCUGACUGCAGAGUUCAGUAAGGACCAGCCUGCCAUCGCUGCUCAUUGUUUCAAGGAAGGAAUGAAACUGGAGGCUGUUGACCCUGCUGCUCCUAUUUCCAUCAGGCCCGCCACUGUCACCAAGGUGUUCAAUGAGCAUUACUUCCUGGUGAUGAUGGAUGACCUUUGUGGUAUUGAGGAGUCAGAGGGUGCUGGGAGGUCCUUUCUGUGUCACAGAGACAGUCCAGGCAUCUUCCCUGCUCAGUGGAGCCUCAAAAACGGGCUCCCUCUCAGUCCCCCACCAGGAUACCGGGGUCCAGACUUUGACUGGGCAGAUUACCUGAAACAGUGCGAGGCAGAGGCAGCUCCCCAGCAUUGCUUCCCAACUGAGCAAUGUGAUCACAGCUUCAAAGAGGCCAUGAAACUGGAGGCCGUCAACCCACUGUCACCUGAGAACAUUCACGUGGCUACUGUCACCAGGGUCAAAGGACAAUACAUUUGGCUCAGUCUGGAAGGACUGAAGCAGCCCAUGCCAGAGCUGAUAGUUCAUGUGGACUCCUUUGACAUCUUCCCUGUCAGCUGGUGUGAGACAAAUGGCUAUCCGCUCGUCUACCCCAUCAAACCCUCAGUUGAAAAAGAGAGGAAGAUUGCUGUGGUGCAGCCUGAGAAACACCGAGCUCCAUUGAAGUCAUCAUCACCUGACACUGUCAAGCAGCAGAUGGCCAACCAGUCAGAGACAGGACAAGGGAAUGGGAAAUACUGCUGUCCCAAGAUCUACUUCAACCACCGCUGUUUCUCUGGCCCUUACCUUAACAAGGGACGCAUUGCAGAGCUGCCUCAGUUCAUUGGCCCUGGAAACUGUGUCCUCGUGCUCAAAGAGGUAUUGACUCUGCUGAUAAACUCGGCCUACAAGCCCAGCCGUGUGCUGAGAGAGCUGCAGCUGGACCAAGAGAGUCGCUGGCAAGGCCAUGGAGAGACACUCAAAGCCAAGUACAAGGGAAAGAGUUACCGGGCUACUGUGGAAAUAGUCCGUACUGCAGACCGCGUGGCAGACUUCUGCAGGAAAACCUGCAUCAAACUAGAGUGCUGUCCGAACCUGUUUGGACCUCGCAUGGUUCUGGACCGCUGCUCGGAGAAUUGCUCUGUCCUCACCAAGACCAAAUACACAUAUUACUAUGGAAAGAAGAAGAGUAAACGCGUUGGCCGUCCACCCGGAGGCCACUCCAACCUGGAGGGUGGAGUGAAGAGAAGAGGGAGGAGGAGGAAAAAGAGGAAGCAGCUCUUUGUCCAUAAGAAGAGACGCUCCUCAGCCUCAGUGGACAACACGCCUGCUGGGUCUCCACAGGGCAGCGGAGAGGAAGAAGAUCUGGAUGAAGAUGACUCCCUGAGUGAGGACUCUGGCUCUGAGCUGCAGGAUGAUCUUCAGGAUGAUUCUGAACAAUCAUUUGGGAAGUCCCAGCCCACCACACCGUCCCCCUCCCCACCGGCAACACCUAGACCCACACGCCGGCGCCGGAAACCCCGCUCGCCCUCAUUCUCUGAUGAUGAGAACCGUCCUCCUUCACCAAAGACCUCAAAGACUGAGCCUCCUCAGAAGUUGUGUUUGGACACCAGCCCACUGGAGUGGAGUGUUACUGAUGUGGUUCGCUUCAUCAGGACCACUGACUGUGCACCUCUUGCACGGAUUUUCUUAGAUCAGGAGAUUGAUGGACAGGCGCUGCUGCUGCUGAACCUCCCUACAGUGCAAGAGUGUAUGGACCUGAAGCUGGGACCGGCCAUAAAGCUGUGCCACCACAUUGAGAGGGUCAAGCUGGCAUUUUAUCAACAGUUUGCUACGUAGCUGACGGGGAAUGAACAUUGGCGUGGCUAUAUCCUGUUCUUUGUGUCAAUCCUGUGAAAAAACGCUGUAUUUUCCCAUUCUGACUUUUUAAACACUGGACACAGAAUCCUGCAUUUACCGCAUGGUGUUGGACAAUCCUGGACAUGAGAUGGAUGAUGCAACAUUUUCUGAUCAUCGAAGAAAGAACAAAGAACAGCUACAUAGACAAAACAGUUCAGGUGCUGUUUAGGAAACGCAUGGAAAAGGACUGAAGGGCAGAAGAAUUCAAGGCACUUUGAUGCCAUAAAUAAGUAAAAGCCUUUAUUAAUUACAGCAUGUUUUGCACAGGAAAAAAAAACAGAAAAGGCAAGCCAUCAUCAAGGACUUGCUUUCAAGCAACAGAUUGGUUUCUAGCUAUUCUCUAAUAAAGGCUUCUUUAUUUAUUUAUGACUUCUGAAUGCCUCGGAGUCUUCUAUUUUAUUUCCUCUUUCUUUGAGGAAGAGUGAGUAACGCUGCCUUCCAGGCAACUCCGAACUGGGAAAUUUUCGACCUCCAACUAGAAAAACUAUCCUGGCACGCCACCUGAAGUCAGACUUCCUACUUGUGAACUCAGAGAAAAAAUAUCUACCCCGACUUCAGGAGUAGCAGCUGAAUUACGUCACAAAACAAUGAGAGAAGAUCACUUUAUGAGAUUCUUUACUGUAGCCAGCUACCUAAUAGGCCUAACAUAUUUCUACAUCAAUGUACAUACAGAACAGGUUUUUCUAUAUGACUGUACGUAUUAUUUUAAUUUAAAUACAUGCAAAUGUACUUUUUGUUGCUUUUUUGUUUAUGGUUUACAUUGUGUGCUUCCAUGGGAGCUGCCAUUCUUUUGUGACGUAAUUCAGCUGCUACUCGUGAAGUACAGGGUAGUUUUUCUAGUUGGAGGUCGGAAAUUUCCCAGUUCCGAGUUGCCUGGAAUGCAGCAUUAGCCCUAGAACAUUUGGUAUCUGCCUGUCAACCUUUGGUAAUGUCUGCUGGAAUCAAAUGAGGUGGUCCCGCCUCCUAAUCAGGUGAUUUCACACUGAUGUCUAAUUUCACUGAAAAGAUGGUCAACAUUUAUGUCAUGAAAUUGUAUACACUGUAUGUGAAAGUGCACUGACAUUGAAGCACUUAAAAAAACAGAUUGAUGAUUACAUUAUUUUCAUAAUCAUUUAAGUGAAAAAGCUCCAAGCUGUAUCUUGGAGCACUAACAGAUUGGAAGCAUUUGUCUUGUGGUUUAUAAUGUUUUUAAGAAAAGACUUAUUCUCAAAAACAUUGUUAAACCCAUUAAGACAAAAAUAAUUGUUUUCAUAGUGUUCAGUUCAGUGUCACAGUUCAAGUGUCUUGAAAGCCAGAGGUAAGAUUAAACUAGAGAUAGUGAUAAUUGAUUUGAAAUAAGUCAUAGGGAGCCAUUGCAAGGUAAGGAAUUAGAUUUUAGUGUGAACACCAGAUAUGUGUACUAUACCAACACCAUUUGCAAAUGUUAUCCAGCUGGAUUAAGAUACAAUCAACAACACAUGUAAAGCGGGCCUUCAUUUCAAGAGAUACACUUGCUUUCUUGUUCAGGCUUCUACUGUAUGUAAGGACAGUUUACAGUGCAAGGAUUCUGUAUUGCAAGCACAAGGAAAACCAUGUACUGUAUUGUGGUAUGCAAAUAUGACAGUGCAUGUUUGUAUAUAGUGUAUAUAAUCAAGUAUCUUCUAGUGCAACAGGGUGAUUAGAGGAAAAAAAAGAGCAAUUAACUCUUCCACAUAAGCAAUGUGUAAAUGCCCUAAAUAUACAGUGCAUUUGCACAGAAUAGGCCUGAACUCAUAUGGAGUGUAUGAUUAAAACAAUUUCAGCUAUAAGUAAUGUUAUUUGAACCAUUUUAUAUAAUUGACGUCUUAUUUUAAACAAUUAACUUAAUGAAAAGUGUGAUGUUUUAAAGAUAUUCAAAAUGCUUUUGUAACUAAGUUUUUCUUCUUUUUACCUACCAAUUGUUCUUGUAGUGUGAUCUAUUGUAAUGUUUUGUUUUUUUUGCCCCCAUUUUGCUUGUAGUUUCUGCUGUAUUUAAGGGAACAGCGUUUUAUUUCACGGUUGAAGAAUAUAACAGCUAUUUAAAAAGACGGCAAUUAAAACUGUUAACCUGA